GUGAAGCCCUAGGAUUGAAGCUGAACGUUGCGGAAACCACAAUCCCUAGAGAGUUUUGUUCACCCCGAUUGCGUCAGCUAUCUCAGAACCAUCUCCUUCCAGGUUGCUGAAACCGUGAAUUAACAAAACUCACCAGCGUUCAGUCGGUACUGUGAUUUUGAGAUUUCGCGCCAUUGACAACACAUAUAAUUUUAUCGGUGCUUCAGUAAUGGCUGUUGAGGCUUCUGAUAAACCAAACUUGCCCAAAAAAUUUGACGAUGACAGCGGUGAUGAUCAACCGUUAUCUUUUAAAAGACACGCCAACAAGAGUCCAUUGCAUUCUCAAGACAGUGAUGAUGAUCAACCAUUAUCUUUAUCUUUUAAAAGACACGCCAACAAGAGUCCAUUGCAUUCUCAAGUAAAGAAAACAACUUAUAGACAGAUAACUGACGUGCCUUCUUCCAAUGCCCAAAAUUCUAAGCCUGUCAACACCUCCUACUACAAGUCACCCGUAGCAAAGCCUCUUCUGGGACAGAAAGUAACUCUUGAUGUUAAGAAACAAACAAAACCUGUUCAACACCCUACAGAAGGUUAUUGUGAAGAUUUCGAGGAUGACGACGAUGAUGGUAAACCAUUGAGUUCUACGAUGAAGAUAAAAUCUAAUCAUGGUAACAAAGUAGUAGCUCCGGUAGUUAACAAGAAAUAUUCUCAAGACUCUGACUCAAAUGAUGAUGAUAAGCCUAUUUCAAAAGUUCAUAAACAGCGGCAAAAUGGUUUUAGCACAAGUAAUGAACAGCUAAAGCCAUCUACACUACCAGUUAAGAGAGAACUCGAAAAUUGUGAUGCCCCACACUCUUCGGCUAAAAAGUCAAAGAUCUCAGAUUCAACCGCUUUAAUAAAAAAAACUAAACAAGUCUCUGUUAAGUGUGAAAUUAAAGCUGAGGAAGAAGAAGAUGAUGAUGAUCUUCCUAUUUCCCAUAGAUUUAACAAGUCACCAACAUUAGCUGAUAAACCAUCUUCCACAAGCAAGAUAUUGGCAAAGGUUACUAAAGUUAAUAAGUCAGGUUCAACAUCUUUUAAGAAACAGAUCAAGAACAAACAGACCAAGAACAAGUCAAAAAAAUCCAGCAGUGGCUCAGAAUAUUCCAAAUCAUCGAAACUUCUUCCUAGCUCUGGUGAUGGGCAGAAAAAAUGGACUACGUUAAUUCAUAAUGGUGUCAUUUUCCCUCCUCCUUACAAGCCCCAUGGGGUAAAAAUGCUUUAUAUGGGGAGGCCUGUUGAUUUGACUCCUGAGCAAGAGGAGGUUGCUACAAUGUAUGCGGUUAUGCGAGAUACAGAUUACAUGCAAAAAGAUAGGUUCAAGGAAAAUUUCUGGACUGAUUGGCAUAAGUUGCUAGGAAAAAAUCAUGUAAUUCAAAGCUUGAAAGAUUGUGACUUUACCCCAAUCUAUGAGUGGUGCCAAAGUGAAAAGGAAAAGAAGAAACAGAUGACUACAGAAGAGAGGAAAGCUCUGAAGGAAGAAAAAUUGAAGCAAGAGGAGAAAUACACGUGGGCUAUUGUCGACGGUGUUAAAGAGAAGGUUGGAAAUUUCAGAGUUGAACCUCCUGGAUUGUUUCGUGGCCGAGGAGAGCAUCCCAAGAUGGGAAGAUUAAAAAAACGCAUUCGUCCAAGUGAUAUUGUAAUUAAUAUUGGAAGUGAUGCACCAGUUCCUGAAUGUCCUAUUCCUGGUGAAGGAUGGAAGGAUAUAAGAAAUGACAAUACAGUUACAUGGUUAUGCUAUUGGAGUGACCCAAUUAGUCCAAGGUUAUUCAAGUAUGUGUUUCUGGCAGCUAGUAGUUCCUUGAAGGGUCAAAGUGACAAGGAAAAGUAUGAGAAGGCUAGGAUGUUGAAGGAUUAUAUAGGGAACAUCAGGGCUUCAUACACGAAAGAUUUUACGAGUAAGGAUAUUACAAAGCAGCAGAUAGCUGUUGCUACUUAUCUCAUUGAUAAACUGGCUCUGAGGGCUGGUAAUGAGAAGGAUGAAGAUGAAGCAGACACUGUCGGCUGCUGCACAUUAAAAGUUGAGAAUGUGACAAGCGAAGCCCCCAACAAAUUGAAGUUUAACUUCCUUGGUAAAGAUUCGAUCAAGUAUGAAAAUACAGUUGAGGUUGAGCUUCCUGUUUAUGAUGCAAUUUUGAAGUUCCAAAAAGAUCGAGACCCUGGUAAAGAUCUCUUUGAUAAGCUGGAUACACAUAAAUUGAAUGCUCAUCUGAAAGAGCUCAUGCCUGGCUUAACAGCAAAAGUUUUCCGCACAUUCAAUGCAUCUAUCACAUUGGAUGAUAAGUUGAAUAAAGACACUAAAGAUGGAGAUGCUGCAGAAAAGAUUGUUGUUUAUCAGCAUGCCAAUAAACAGGUUGCAAUCAUCUGUAAUCAUCAACGGAGUGUUUCAAAAUCUCACAGUGCACAAAUGACUAAACUAAAUGAGAAAAUUGAUGAACUUCAGGAUGUUCUGAAGGAGCUGAAAGUAGAUUUGGACAGGGCAAGAAAAGGAAAGUCCCCUACAAAGAGUUCAGAUGGAAAAAGCAAACGAAGCUUAACUCCCGAAGUGCUAGAGAAAAAGAUAUCUCAAACCAAUGCAAAAAUUCAGAAAAUGCAACGUGAUAUGAAGACAAAAGAAGAUCUUAAAACUAUAGCAUUGGGCACAUCCAAGAUAAACUAUCUCGACCCCAGGAUUACAGUUGCCUGGUGCAAGCGGCAUGAGGUUCCCAUUGAGAAGCUUUUCACAAAAUCUCUGCUGGCAAAAUUUGCUUGGGCAAUGAAUGUGGACCCAGAUUUCAGAUUCUGAGAGUGUAAGAUAGUGGCAUGCUGAGAUGAUGGGUUGAAAAUGUUUCCUUUUUUACUAAUUUGUUUUCUAUAAAAAUUAGUUGUUUUCUAUCUAAUUAUGGGGCAAGUUGCCUCUUCCCCUUUCACCACCUGUGUACUGCUUGAACAAACAGUCAACCAUUUAAUGUGAUACCCAUUGCCAAAUGAGGUAAAGUUUUGAAGUGUCAUUAUUUUUAUUUUUCCUUUCAUUAUUAUGUGAUUUCUAUAGCACGAGGUUGAUUCAUAAUCCUAAUUUUUAAUGCGUUACAUAUGGAA